AUACAACACACAGCUUAGAAACGUAAGAUCCCUGCGGAGAAAAAGAAAAAUGUGCCAAGGAUUGGAAUUGCUGCCAGUUAGCUGUCUGGAGAGAGUCAAAGAGCUGAAGGCACGCUUGGGAAGUUUCCUCCUAAAGCAGGAGAUCAAUCUCAUGGGCCUGUCUAACAAAAGCGAUAGGCUGAGGACGGAGGACACGCUCAAGUGGAAAGUGUCCUUUCAGAAUCUGCUCUUUCACAAAGAUGGGUUGUGUGCGUUCCGGGCGUUCCUGAUGUCUGAGCACAGUGAGGAAAACAUUGCGUUCUACCUCGCUUGUGAGGACUACAAGAACACCAAGACGUCCUCCAAGCUGUGCUCCAAAGCCAAGAAAAUCUAUGAGGAGUUUAUUGACUCUGACGCCCCAAAAGAGGUGAAUCUCGACCAUGAGACAAAAAGCAUCAUGAAAAAGAACAUGGAGCAUCCGACUGCAUCUUGCUUUGAUCUGGCCCAAAGCAAGAUCUACACUCUUAUGGAGAAAGACUGCUAUCCUCGGUUUCUCAAAUCCACGCUCUACAUGGAGCUCAGCAGACAAGCAAAGCCAUGAACUUGUCUCCAACAUCUGGACAUGCCACGCAUGAAGCAGGACUUCAAAUGCACACGACUGAUCUGAACGCCGCCUCAAGCUCACGCCUGAGGUGGACUUGAGGUUAUCGGUCAGUAAAAGCCAAGAUAUUCAGCCUGGAACCUGUGGAGGAACUGGUGAGGAACUAGGUGGUGAAGGAUAUCAAAGAAAAACUCAACAAUCAAGAUGCUGAACUUUGGGAUUAAGAAGAUGCACUGGAAUUAAAACCCUGAGCACAUAUUUGCACAAAGCAAGUAGUGAAAGCUUGUGAUGGUUUUUUUGUUUGUGUGUUUUUAUAUCUGGAUAUAACUGAUAUUUAUAGAGAAAAAAUAUUUUGUAUAAAUAUAAUAUAUUGCUUUUAUUUAUUAAACUGUAAUGAUGAUGUAUG